CGUCAAGAUGGCGGCGCCCAUGAAGUUUGUUUGCCUCGACCAGUUUCCACCCGAUUUGCACCCCUUGCAAGCAGUCGUCUGUAAGUCACAGUUAACUCAGCUGUUUUCUAACUGCACUGAAACCUCAUGCGUGCUGUUAUUAUCCUGUCAGGAGCCUCAGUUGUUCACAAAGUCGGCAGUUUUAGUUUGCGCCCACAUAACAGCUGAGGAGCUCCCUGACUGCACGGUCCAUAGUCACACCAGCACUCUGGCAAUUUAUGUGUCUAAAACUUUUCUAAGUCACUACAGUUUUCAGGAAGAAAAGCCAGGAAUCGCGCGUAUCCUACAGCUUCUGCCUUUGGAUAAGAUAGUAAUUGGUGCUCGGACGAAGCAGAGUUUCAGAUGGGCAUCUUCAGAAGAAUUCUCCAGUUUUCUGCUAGUUUUGGCAUCAUGUCCUGGGCAGACUGUGUUGGUGAGGAGAGGUGACACUCUGAUUUUACCACACCAUCCUCUGCUUGGUGAUAAUGCCACUCUGGUGCAUCAGUAUCUCUCUGAUUUGGUCGUGCUGGAUUGCACACCUCUUACCCAGGGUAUGAUCACUGUAAACACUACUGUUGUAGUCUCUGAUUGCAGAGACCUUCUGCAUAGCCAUGGUGCUUUGGACUCUGCUGACAGCAGUAUAACCCAUAGACUGUCCAGCGUGUCCUUGUUUGUCUCUGAUUUCGCCCACUACGCAAACAAUCUUGGCCCCGGGAGCUCCUUAUUGAGCAACCGACUUUUGUUCAGCUCUGGAUUCACUGAGCUUCUUCAAGCCCUUGAGUGCAGGCUGGAUGUGCAGGUCACCUGUGACAGUGCCAAGCUUUGCACCUUGGCAAAAUUUGGAAGGAAAAUAGGGAAGAACACAGAAGUGGACAUGGACAGCUCCAUUUUUGUGAGCAAAAACCUGUUAUUGAAGCUAGGGUUGUUUAACGGUGAAUGGGUCAUGGCUGCGUUGGGAAAGGUAAAAAGAUGUUCGGGAGCAGAAGGGGCACAAAGUCCUCCAGACAACGAAAGUGGCACAAAGGCUGUGACUAAGGCCAAAGCAGAUAGUCAGCUGGCUAAAAUCGUGGCUUUCAUUAAGUCUUCAGACAUGGAUGUUAGCGAUACUGCAGGUUUCAUCUCACCUGUUCUGUGGUUUAACUUAUCCAAUGGAGAAGCAGCACCGGUUGGAAGUAAAAGUCUCAAAAUAAAGAGGUGGAACAAGGCACCAUUACAGCCAGGACACAAACUAUCUGCAAGUAUAUGUUGUUCUGCUGCACCUCCACAUGCCAAAGAACUACACAUUGAAGCAGUUACGUCUCCAGAUUAUGACUCCCAUGGGCCCUUUGACAAUGUUCUCUUUAAGCACUUCAGCACACCUCGACUGGUCCAGCAGGGAAGCAUACUGGGCAUUCCAACACAAGGUCAUCCUGAUUUUAUGGAAAGCAGCUCUGAUGGAAUCACAAGAUGGCCAGUCUUGUAUUUUAAAGUGAAGCAGGUGUCUGGCUUUUCUGAGGAUGACGCAGAAGUCGGAUCAUAUCUUGCUCAUACAGACUACACCUCUCUGUAUAUGAGAGGUUCCACCAAUAGUCUGGUACCAUGCUCCAUCUCAGAGGCGGGUUCAUCAUUCUGGACGAGUCUCUUGCCUCCAGGACUCUCUGGCAUCGUCGAGAAAUUGGUCUCCAUCAUCCAGCCACACGUCACUGAGAGGUGUGCAAGUUUGAGGCGAGCCUGCUCUGUUCUCUUCAUGGGUCCAGAUGGAUGUGGGAAGGUCACAGCGAUCAAGGCGGUUUGUCGGAGGCUUCAUCUACACCUGCUAAAGGUAGACUGUGUGACCCUGUGUGGAGACACUGCAGCUGCCUGCGAGUCCAAGAUGAAGGCUGCCUUCCACAGAGCCGAGCUCCAUCACCCCUGUGUGCUUCUGCUGAGGAACCUGCAGUUACUCGGCCAGCGACGAGACAGCACUGAAACAGACUCCAGGGUAGCCUCUGCACUCUACCAGCUCAUAGCUCAUGCCCACGCAAGUGUAAUCGUGGUUGGCUGUGUGCGUGGCCAGCGGGAUUUGUCCUCAGACGUGAUGCCAGCCUUUGUGCACCAGGUGGUGAUAGAGAGUCCCACAGAGGAGCAGAGGAAAGCCAUGCUAGCCAGCCUCAGUCAAGACCUCCCUCUAGGGAAAGAUGUCAGUCUGGCCAAGAUCGCUAAACAGACAGCGGGUUUCAUUUUGGGAGAUUUCUGCGCACUACUCACCGGGGCUGGAAAAGCAGCUCACCGGCGCCUGCUGAAGACUUAUUAUCCACAUGGGGCUAGUGCUCAGGAAGAGGAGGACCUGUGUGUGUUUGGUGUGACCAUUACGGGUGCUGACUUCACCACAGCACUGGAGGCUCUGCAGGAGGCCCACUCACAGGCGAUCGGCGCACCAAAGAUCCCAUCAGUGAAGUGGCAGGAUGUGGGUGGUCUGCAGCAGGUCAAGAAGGAGAUCCUGGACACCAUCCAGCUCCCUCUGGAGCAUCCGGAGCUGCUCUCACUGGGCCUGAGACGCUCUGGCCUGCUGCUCUAUGGGCCUCCAGGCACCGGCAAGACUCUGCUGGCCAAAGCUGUGGCCACUGAGUGCUCUAUGACCUUCCUUAGUGUCAAAGGUCCAGAGCUCAUUAACAUGUACGUUGGUCAGAGCGAGGAAAACGUCAGAGAGGUGUUUUGCAAAGCUAGGACUGCAGCUCCCUGUAUUAUCUUCUUCGAUGAAUUGGACUCUUUGGCUCCUAACCGAGGUCGCAGCGGAGACUCAGGAGGGGUGAUGGACAGGGUUGUGUCACAGCUCCUAGCUGAGCUUGAUGGCCUGCAUUCAUCUAGUGAUGUCUUCGUGAUUGGAGCAACCAAUCGGCCAGACUUACUCGACCAGUCGCUGCUCAGGCCCGGCAGAUUUGAUAAACUAGUGUAUGUUGGCAUUAAUGAAGACAAAGAAUCACAGCUGCAAGUGCUCAAGGCUAUAUUACGAAAGUUUAAGGUGGAUCCCAGUGUCAGCCUGUCAGAAAUAGUGGAGCGCUGUCCACUUCAGCUCACAGGAGCCGAUCUAUAUGCACUCUGCUCUGAUGCCAUGAUGUCUGCUAUUAAGAGGAAGAUUUUGCACAUCACUGAAGGUCUGGAAUCAGAGGACGCUACGCUCACGCUGUGUGCCGAGGACUUCAGCCGGGCUCUGGACAUCCUGCAGCCAUCUGUGUCUGAGGAGGAGCUCCACAAGUACAAACUCAUCCAGCAGAAACUCACUGCAAAGUAACACAACCACCACCACAAACACCACUGCAGACUGGAGUGGACAAACUCCUGUAUAUCACAUAACUCUUCCUGCUCCAAGCCACCUCCGUCUCUGUGCUGUUCCACAUUCCCUACAGCCUGCUGGUUCUGUGCAGGUCUAGUCCACUGUACCCUGUAACUGGAUCUCUUUUUUAAACUUUCAGCUAAUUAGGAAAAUGACAUUUCAGUGCAUUACACUUUUCUAAAUUGAUUUACGAUACAUUCCACAGCUUGAUUCCACACAACCAUUAUAGGCUAUUAAAACAGAGGGAGAGUGAAUGGAAUCUUUGAGAUAUGUAUGGUGGCCUGGGAAAACCCAUCAUAUGCUGACAUUUUCCACUAUAUACAGAGUUCUGAAAAUUAUAGGCUUUCCUGAACGUUAAUUUGUUUCAUUUUUGCGUCUCAACCAAAAGUGAAAUAAUAACAUUUUAAAAUCUGAUUACAGCCAAAAUGAAAAGAGAAAAUUGCAUUUAAAGAUUUUAUUCUGACCCACGGCGCAGGACAUUCCGACACCUGCUUUCUGAUUACAAACUGAAUUCAUUAGAUUUAUGUCUAUUUCACUAUGAUACACACCUAACCAACAACUUGAGUUCAAUCCAAGUGUAAAAUUGACUUUGUGGGAAAAAAAUCACACUUAUCUAAUGAGGUUUUAGACAUCUUUAGGCAGACUGACUGUUUUACCCCUGUUGUACACUAAAACAGUACUGUUUUACAAUCAAUAUUGAUAUAAGCCUUACAUAAAUCCUCCAAAAAAGAGAUUUAUGCAUUGCUUAUGAAUGUUAUGAAGGCCCAACGUACAGUAAGGUACUAAGGGUUACCAAGUUUUCUGACAACAAGCUUACGCUUCUUUCUGGCAUUAAAUUACCACAGAGUUAAAUCUCACCAUCGUUUAGCUUUAAAAUACAUCCAGAUAAAUUAGUAAGCUCCAAAAGCAUUGAGUAGUUAAUCAUCGUAACUAUUAUGUUUAAUUUGAUGUUUGCCCUGUAAUCUGCAGAGCUUUUGGGAAACAUCCAUGCAGUCAGCUCACUCUUUUACCUCAUGUACCUUGCAGGUUAAUUAUACUCUCACAGUUGAUGGUGUGCAAGCAGAAUUACCUAAUACAGGUUCUGAGAAAUAACAAUCCAUUAACAUGCCUCAUCAUUACAUCAGUAAUCAAAUAGUAAACAAACCGAGCUUCUGACUCAGACAUGCUUUUUCAGUUUACAGGCAGGCUUAAAUAGAUUUCUGGUUACACUUUAUAUUAAGUGGUAAUGUAAUUUAUUAGAUAAUUCAUUUAAUUUGCUAUGCAAAUGAUUGAGUCAGGAUUGCUGUUCAGAGCAAUAGUCUAGGAUAUGCAAUGUUUUGCUUUUAUAAAUCUAAAAUUAUUUUGCAGUAAGCAAUUAAAACUGUUUAUUUUUGUUUUUGUGAAGUUUUACUUGUCGUUAAUUGUCGUUAUGUUAUAACAACAUAUUCUUACAGAGGACAAAUAUGACAGCUUAAUAUAAAGUGUCACCUUGUUUAUUUGAUGGAAAUUGUAUGUACAUGUAUGUAAAGUCUGCAGAGAGAAGAGAAAGUAAACAUUUGAUUCCACUGUUAUUGUAGCUGAGAGGAAGGAUAAAAGACAAUAUAAAUGUAAAAAACAGAAUUCAAAUAAGAAAAUAGUGAUUUCAUAACUAAGUUCAUUCCAUAUCUUUCACACUGUGCAAGCUCCUUUUUUUUUUUUUUUUUUUUUUUUUUUUUUUUUUUUUUUUAAAUACUCGUAGUGCUUUCUGGUUAAGUCCAAGCUUUGUAACAGGAGCCAGUUAAAUACUGCUACUUGCUGUGCCAUAUACUGUCACACAUUAAAAUGGUACUUAUCAGUCA